GAAUAAAAAUAGCACUGGUAAACGCAGGGUUGUUGUAUAAACAAACAAUGCUCAUCGAUAUUACGCUACCAGUGAUAGCACGACGAUCAAAUCGAUAUCAAUCAUUUUUUAAGGACGAUUUCUAAGCUUGGCAAACGAAGACGUACUUAUAUUUUAUAAACGAGGCGGGUCUUUUAUUUACGAUACAAUUUAAUUGGUAAAGCCAACUACGAGUUACGUAUUCAUUUUUGCCAGAUAAAUUGAAUAAUAUAAACAACAGUUUCCCACUCGGAUAUAUAUGAAACUACGGAAUUGUUUUCAAACACGUACGUCUUGCGAGCUCUUAUUAACCAGAAUCCAAAACCAAGAAAAACAUGAUACACAAAUACAUAAGAUUUCAGACCAAAAUAGUAACAAUCUUGUUUCUUGUUAUUUUUAUAUAUGUAUACGAGUGUAUGUCUCUUUCUACUGUGUUGACAGUACUAAUUCUUUGUUUCAUUGUACGAAACCAUUGAUUAUAUAAAUUAACCUGUCAUCAGUCUUACAUAAACGAGUUUCUAAAUAUAUGUAAAUAAAUUCCGAACACUCAGCGAUAUCACACACUGUAUAUAAAAUUUCCAUUUUCUUAAUUUGACGAAAAUUGUUUCCCGAAGGUAUAAAUUGAAUGCAAACAUGUGUCUGAAUUCAAACAUCACACUAUCAAGAAGAAGUAGUAGUCAAUUUAAAGAAAUUUCUCAACGUCGAUACGCACUAUACAAAAAUGAAGGCACAUCAAGUCAGCGGUAUAUUUAUACUUUUUUUCCUUGCAAAUUGUCAAAGAUGUUUUUCACGUCGAAUUUAUGAUGCAGAAGCUCAAUUUCUAUCCAGCGAACAUCUAGAUGAAUCAGCGGAUUUCCCAAGCUACAGAGAAAUAAGAAGACAGUCGGCUGAUUGUCCAUCAAUCAUUGACUCGCCAAGACAUUGUCCAUACGUCAGAGGAUACUCUGGAACGAAUGAUCAAGAAAAUCUAUCAGGAAGUAGCAUUUCUCCUUGGACAACAAAAAUUGACAUUGAUCCUUUACGCUCACCCCAGGCUUUUCCAGUAGUGUGUUGUGCAUGCACCCACUGCGUUGACAUGUCUGGUUCCGAGCCUAAAAUCCUGCGAGAACAUUACAGUGAGAAAGUCUACGUAAAAAAGGAAGUAAGAAGAGCAGAGGAUGGAUUUCGACCUCGUUAUAUCAAAGUAGCCGUCGGAUGCACCUGUGUAAACAGACCCUUUGCUGGACAUCGAAUGUAACCUGGGACAUGGAGUUUAAUCUGUCG